AUGGUUGAUACAGCACUUUCCCAGCAGCAGCAGGCGUUGCUGCUCGAGCCAACCCCAGACUUGGUCGGGGAGAAGUCUUGGGUGGUCCACAAUGGGGAGAAGAAGACCAUCGGACGGAAGGCUGAAUGCGAUAUUGUUGUUAACGACACUAUAGUGUCGGGUCAGCAUUGCACAGUUGGGUUAUCUAUACUGUCCACUCAGGAGCGGCAAGGGGACGGCAUUGUUAUCAGUGUUGAGGACAAGUCGACGAAUGGUACCCUUAUCAACGGUGAGAAAGUGGGUAAAGGGAAGAUCCGGUACGCCCAGGUCGGGGAUGUUAUCAGUCUAGGCAAGCCGAAGAUAACAUCGCAAGGUGAGCAUUGCUAUGCGGCUAGUUAUAAGUUGCGAAUGGUCAUGCUGGACAGCAUGGGACGGUGGCAGGAGAAGGAGAAUAUUAAGAAUGCCAACAGUGAAGGGAGCAGCACUGAUGCCCCUGUUGGGAGCCCCAGGUCGGCGGUCCAUUCUGAAGCGAUUACCACUCGAGAGGCGUUGGGGUCGGUGCCGCGGCUGCGAAAUUUUCCUGUUAAUGGCAAAAGAGCGCGGGAGCCUCCGACGGGAGCUCGUAGAAGGGAGGGCAAGACCUCCUCAGCAGCGGCGAUGGCAGCGGCCCAUCGAGAGGAGCAGCUCAGGGCUCAGCUGGCCUCUGUGGAGGAGGCUCGCCGGAAGGAAGAGUCACGCGCCACAGAAUUGGAAAUUAGGGUGAGAGUGAACGAGGAGAGGCUGAGGGCUCUGACGGAGCAGCUGGAGGAGGCACGGAAAGGGAAGGAUCGAUUUCAGGCGGAAAAUGCUGAUUUGCAAAACCAGAUCGCUGAACUCACUAUUAGAGGGAAGCAGUUGGAAGCGGCAGCUGAGUCGAAGGAGCGUGCUUGGCAGGAUUCGCAACGGGAGGCUGGGAUGAGAAACGAAGAGAUGGAGAGUCUGCGUGCUGAGGCCUACGAGGCGGCUGCACGGGCGAGGGACGUUACUCGACGGUUGAGGGAUGUCAAGAGGAGUUAUGACACUACGGUGGAGGCUAAUAGGAAAUUGAUGGAAUACUCGACUGAGUUGAAGGAGAGGGUUGAUGGACUUCAGGCGGCCUUGGUGACGAGUAGCUCGUCGGUGGGAGCUCUCCAGAAUGCUAUCCAACAUCUAUUCGAUGUGUCACGGGAACAUGAUGGACAGGAGACGGCCAAGUGA